UUCUUGUUCACCGAAAAAGUGCGUGCGGUCGUGUGUUUUGUCUGAAGCAGAAAUUUUACAAGGUCCGGCAAAAAAUAUUGUGCAUUGUGUGGGAAAGAUUGUGUAUUUGCGCAUAGAAUUGUGUAAAUGAAGCUCUCCCAUGAAAUCAGGGCCGAUUAAGCCGAAGAAGACGAAGCAGCAGAAAACGGACAAAACAGUGUGUGAAAUGACCAGUGCCAAGUACGGCCGCCAGUGAGUGUUUCGGGCGGCAGUCAAAGCACACGCCAAAGCCGACUACCUUUUCGUACGUCUUCGGCCAUCCGGUGUUUCGCUCCCGUGCAAGCCUUGUGCAAAACGAGAGAGAGAGAGAGAGAGAGAGAGAUCGUACUGGGCUCUAAAGUAUUGCGAAGCGCUGCCAGAAAGUGUACAGCACAUCACCCAAAUCCCUAUAUAUGAACACAAGGGCCGUGUUUUUCACGCGCCACCCUUGAAGCGUUAUCACGGUUCGGCGGCAGCUACAGCAAAAACAUCACGCAGCAUUUUCCUACAUCGCCCAGCCAUCUCUCUCUCCCUCUCUGCGGUGUGCGGUUUGUUCCGUUUCGCGUGUUUGCUAACUGUGCGUGUCUAAGUGUGUGUGUGUUACGUGUGUGUUUGUCCGCAACAAUAUCCCGUUCUGCUCAAAGUACACUCGGCAUCGAGGCUUCCGCCCUAUCGGAAGGGUGAAUCUCAUGACGCAUAUCUUCAUACGAUUCUUUUAGACCUGAAAGUGUGUUUAAAGUGUGAUUGUUGGUGGAAGCAAGGAUUCCUGUUGAGAGGAAGUUGAUCAAAGGACAAGCUUCACCAUGUCGCUCAGCCAAACCUCGGUGCUAAAAGUCUACACCACGGUCAUUGACGAUGUCAUCGCCGGUGUCCGGGAUGCGUUUCUCGAUGAAGGUGUGGACGAGCAGGUACUGCAAGAAAUGAAGCAAGUGUGGACGUCGAAACUUUUGGCUUGCAAAGCUAUCGAAUCUACCCCAGAAUCCCAAGAUCAGCAGGCUGGGGGAAAUGCGAAGUCUGCCUCACACGCAAAGAGCAAUGGAACGAAGAAAUCAAAGGCUGCCUCAGCCGCGGCUUCCGCCGCAGCGACGUCAAACAAUCAGCAGGAAAAUGGAAAAGCAAACAUUAUCACAAAGACCGAACCAGGACUGAAAAAUGCAAACGUACCUGCGUUGGUCCCGGCCGGAAGUGCACAGCCAGCGGUACCGAAUCAGAACGCCACUACAGCUGGUGGUACCACUACUACGACGACGGCAGCGAAUACUACAUCAACGGCAGCUGCACCAGCACCAGCACCAGCAGCAGCAGCAGCAGCAGCAGCACCAGCACCCCAGCAGCAGCAACAAAAUUCGGCCCCGGCUGCUGUCGUGGCGGCUCUCGAUCCGAACAAGCUGGUUGCCAUCCAGAUAACGCUACCGGCGCAACCGAACGUCGCCAACAGCCAGCCGCGCGUCCUGACGAUCCAGGUCCCGGCGUCCGCUCUGCAGGAAAAUCAGCUACAGCAGGUGCUUACCAGCCCGAUCAUUUCCUCCAUAAUGCCACUACCGCCACACAUCGCGUCGACCGUACUGCAACAGCAUGUGAAUGCGUACUUGCAGAAUCUGAAUAUAAAUGCCGUACCAAUCCAGAAACAGCUCGAUGGAGCUUGUGACGAUGACGGUUUCAUGGUAGGCGAAACACCAGAAGUAGAGGUUUCACCCAUCAGCUACAAACUUGUGGAACUAUCGCCAAACGAACCCCUGGAACGGUAUCGGCUCGAUCGGCAACUGAUAAGCGGGCUUGUAGCUGGUCAACGAACCAAUCGCUGGUCCUCCUCUGCAAAGGAAAGUAACGAACCAAUUGCUUGCAGUAGUAGCAGCAGCAGCAGACACGGAGUUCGGUCAAAAGCAUCUGCGGCCGCAAGAAAUGCUCGACGUCGUCACCCGUUUAGAGCUGCUCAAGCUAAAGCUGUCCCUGUUCUCAGCGAUCAAGAGCAAGCUCUUACGUUCCACAUCUGCAGUAGUCUUCAGCUUGACGGUGCCGUAGAUACGUCCGACGAAGAGGGAAGCGACAUCAGCGACGACAACAUUGUCGACGAUGACGACGAAGAUUUGGACAAGGAGGAGGAGGACGACAUGGAGGCCGAAGGUGGCGCAGAAGAGGAACCGCUCAAUAGCGAAGACGACGUUACAGAUGAAGACGCGUCCGAUUUGUUCGAUACGGAUAAUGUUGUCGUUUGCCAGUAUGAUAAGAUCACGCGAUCUCGUAACAAGUGGAAGUUCUAUCUUAAGGACGGUAUCAUGCAUAUAGGUGGCAAGGAUUAUGUGUUUCAAAAAUCGAACGGCGACGCUGAAUGGUAAGCGCAGCAGCAACCACAAAUCAACCAAUCGGCGGAAAACGGCGAAUUUGAGUGCCUAGCAGCUGGGAUGUGUGUUUCGGUGUCAUUCUUAGUGCGACGGACGGGGGCGUUUCAGAGUUUAUAGUAGAGCGAGAGAGAUAAAAAAAAGCCUAGUGGAAGGUACAUUAUUGCCAUUGCAAACGGUAGAACAUCUGCAAGCUGCACUGAACAGUAGGGUAGAUCAACGAUUUUAGAUAAAUUACUGCGAGAGAGCUGUGUGCUGCGGUGGUCGAGUAGAAAUGCAUCAAUGCAAGGAAGCUGGGAGAAAACCCACUAAAUGAAGCAGCUUUGUGUGAGGUUUUGGCAAGAUUGUAAUAUGUUUUCGGCAAACCGAUACGAACCCAUACGUCGGGAUACGGAUAUCCAUCACGUCUACGCUAAUAAACCAAAUGGGGUGAGUUUGGCAACUUCGGCUUAAAUGGCCAUCGCAAGUCUCACUCGCAACUCCCCUCCGCCCUUACCGUACCAACCAACGAAUGGAUCAAACAGCAGGAAUGCCAUUUGUAGGUGUGGUAGAGAUCACCACACAGUCGAUCGAUUUUUGUUUUUACUAAACAACGAGGAAACAGAGUUUGACUUAUCGGAAAUAGGAACCAUCCCGGGGUGCGCUUUGGCCGCGGGUUUAUGUUCAGUAAACCUAAUCUAAUCUAUCCCCCAUGCAAGGGAGAAGUGAAAGCUUGAUAGAUCGGCAAAAUGGAAAUGAAUCAAUUAACAAGAUAACUCAAAAAGGUACACAAGUUUGUAAACGAUUCCCGCAUAUUUCAGUAAAUGUCGAGUAGGAAGUGCAUCAUAAUAUACUAAGAAUGUGAGCUAUUUUUACACCAUCAAAGAAUGAUUCAGGGCAGUUGUCAUGUUCAUACGUUCGACUUAUUGUUUUAACAACUCGCUCAACAGGACACAAUCCUCGGUGUUAGCGUGUGUUUGUGUUUUAUUUUCAUCUACCAAUUUGCACAUCCCUCGUAGAGUUGCAUCCUAUCCGACUUGCGUUAUUUUCUUCUGUGCAGCACUUGGUGCAAUUUCGUCAUAACAUAACGUUAGAAUUUUUCGCUAGCACUAAUGUGUAAAAAUAUAAGUGUAGAUUGUGGUGGAAUUGCUUGUUUUUAUUGUAAUAAAGUAAGAGGACGAGUUUUUUUUUCUCUUGUGUACGUAGUGCAUAAUAAAAAUUACAAAAAUACCUUCAAAUACAA